GGUACCUCGGCCCUUGUCAUUCGCCUCCAAGUGGGAUAGCCGCGUCGACGACCGUCUCUCGCUCGGCCGCCCGCCCGCCCGCUCUCGCUGCUGCCCAGCGCCCACCGACACCUGCCCCUGUCGCCGCCUCCUACGCUGGCCGCCGGCCUCAUGGCCGCUCUGCCGCCUUGGUCGGAAUUGAUUCACAGGCUGAAUCACAGCUGCGGUAACUGAGUGAGCAUCCAGCAUGACCAGAAUCUGCCUCCUGUUUUUGUGUUUCGCUUUGGUGGCUGCGAGCGCCGGGGACACGAGCUCCGAGGUCGCGAGCACUGCGUCAACCGAGAAUUCGGCACCGACGGCCACCAGCAGUAGCCAUGAGCUGGAGGAAAAAGGAGAGAAAGCCUCGAUCGGAAAUGAGGGUGCUGAUGAAGACGAGGAGGAGGAAGACGGCGACAGCCCAACCUUCACGGACGCCAGUCUGGAGGAACUCGAGCGAGAAUUGGAGCAGCCGGGCCACAAAAGGCACAGCGCGCGUUCUGGAUGGGCCACCUGGUCCGACUGGAGCACAUGUUCGCGGACGUGCGACGGCGGCGCCUCCUACCAGAUCCGCAGGUGCACCGCCCCGCAGGGGUGCAAGGGAGAACCUCUCAGACACAGGAUUUGCAACAUGCAGCCGUGCUCAGACAAUGGCGACUUCAGAGAGCAACAAUGCGCGGCUUACAACGACAUCCCGUACGAAGGCCACCUUUACAAAUGGACCGCUAGCCACGACGAGUACGAGCCUUGCGCGCUCACGUGCAAGACGAGGAGCAAGGACGGCCGCAGCACGCUGGUGGUGCAGCUGGCGCCCAAAGUGCAGGACGGCACCCGCUGCAGGCACGGUAGCCUCGACAUGUGCAUCAAUGGCAAAUGCCAGAGAGUUGGCUGUGACCUAAAAAUUGGAUCAACCCUGCAUGUUGAUGAAUGUGGAGUGUGCGGCGGGAAUGGAAGCUCGUGCGCCAAGCCGCUGUACAAAUGGGAGGAUGCUGGAACCGAGACCUGCUCAGCUACUUGUGGCGGAGGCGUUCGCUUCACGAAGCCGGUGUGCAGGAACAGAAUCACCAAGGCCGUGGAGGAGGACGCCCUCUGCAACGCCAGCCAGAAACCCGAGCCGACCAAGGUGGCGUGCAGCACCAGGCGGUGCCCCCCGAAGUACGUGGUAGGCGAGUGGGGACCCUGCUCCGUUACCUGUGGCGGAGGCACGCGCUACCGUCCAAUAUUCUGCGCCGAGGAAACCAAAGGCACGCUGGCCAAAGUGGCCGACCACUUUUGCAACGGACACAAGCCUCGCUAUCAAGAGCAGUGCAACACCGCCGACUGCCCCGACUGGGACUCGGGGGAGUGGUCAGGGUGCUCUGUUUCGUGUGGAGAGGGCCAACAGACCAGACGGGUUCUCUGCAGGGAUGCCAGGGGCGAUCCUAGCUCAAAGUGUGAGCCGGGCAGGAAGCCGCCUGCCACUCAGCCUUGCAGAACUGGCAUUGAGUGUCCGAAGGACAAGUACGAGAGUGAUGAAGAACUAUCAGAAAACGUACAUUAUCUGAAGGAGAACUCACAGCAAUUGUUUGAGCAGUUACCAACUCAUCCGCAGAGACUAAUCGGCGAGCGCAACGUCCCAAGACAGGCAACCUUCAUAACCGAGGAAUGGGGGCCUUGCAAUGUCUCGUGUGGAAUUGGCUGGAGGCAACGCGAGGUCAGGUGCAAGAUUUUCCUCGAUUUUUCUCGUUCUCUCGCGAACCUGCCUGACUCCAAAUGUCACGGCCCUAAACCAUCCGCUAUUGAGCGCUGCGUGAUGCCAAAGUGCGGCGGUAGCUUUUCUAGAUACGACGAGAUGAGCAUAAGUGACCCAACCAUGAUUGCGGUCAAGGAUGAGCAACCAGUGACGGACGAGCCGUUGUGUGAUAACCCGUUGUGUAACUACUACCACGACGCUCUGCCGCAGACGUCAUCGAGAGAAGGCACAAUAAGAGUUGCACCGAGACCGCCUGGAAAAAAUGGAAAAGAGAGCUACACCUGGCAGGAACAGGGAUACACUUACUGCAGUGCUUCUUGCCUAGGAGGUGUCCAGGAGCUGAUUGUGAGCUGCGUGAGGGAGUCGGACUCACAGUCUGUGAGUCCCUACUUGUGCCCGAUUGAGACCAGACCCGUUUUGCUGACCCGCACGUGCAAUGACGUCCCUUGUCCCCCGCGCUGGAAUUAUUCCGAGUUCCAGGAGUGCAGCAAGCCGUGUGGAAUCGGCAUCCAGCUGCGGGACGUCUCUUGCAUCCACGAAGUGGCGAGGGGUGGCGGAAAUACAGUCGUCGUCCCAAAUUCCAUGUGCCCACAGCCGCCACCUCCGGACAGACAGUACUGCAAUGUGCUGGACUGUCCAAUCAAGUGGCACUCUGGAGAUUGGUCAAAGUGCUCUCGAGCCUGUGGAGGUGGAAUGAAAACUAGGAAAGUGGAGUGCAUGCAGACGAUGGCUCAGGGUCACAUUCAGGGUCGACCUGUGAGCAUGUGUCCGUCAAACAAGCCAGCCGAGAGCAAGGCGUGCAACACCAAGCCUUGCGACCCAGGAGACUCGCCGACAAUCGCGUCUACAAACCAAACGUACAUCCAGCAGUCCCCAAAAAAGAAAGUGACACUCAAGAUUGGAGGGCAGGCGGCAGUUUUCUGGGGCACUCAGGUCAAGAUCAAGUGCCCCGUUAAGAAGUACAACAGGACCAGAAUCUUUUGGAAGAAGGACCAGAAAUCGAUCAGGAAUUCCAAGAAGUACUCCAUCUCCAAGAAAGGCGCACUCAGGGUUCAAGACGUUGUCUACAGUGACAGUGGAAUUUACACUUGCAUGGCUGGCCGAUCUUUCGCGGACAUCACAUUGACAGUGAAACCCAAGCCUGGACAUUUCCCUACCUCUGAAGAAAUCGACCGAGUCGGAUCUCCAGGGGCUCCUGUUGGUGGUUCGUCGAGGCAAACGGCCAAUAGCCUUGAUCCGUUUGGCUUAAGCACAGGACACGACAGCAGCUCUGACGCUGGAUAUGGCUCAAUGCAUAUGGGAGAGGCGAGAGCUCCCCAGCCUUUCAACAAUCUGGAGGACCAUAGCCACGAGCUGGGCGGGCCUCCACUCACUGCAAAAACUACAAAGCCUCCCUGGCAGAAGGGCAGGAAAAACAAAAAUAAGGAAAACGAGGAAAACGACGGUUCUCGCUUCGCAAUUAAACCGUCGACCCCCGAAUCAAAUGUCAGAGAAGCGGGGGUGCCGACGCCACCCCCGUCGCUCGAAGAUUACCAACAACCCCCUUCGACAGCGUCGUCGUCCUCGCGCCCAAUGCCCCACUUUCAGCAGCUUCUCGCUAACCUCCAGAACUUGUGGCCGUUUCAGCCCUUCAGCAACUCCCGCGGCCUUCGGAUGGUGGACUCGCCCUUCGGCGCGCUAGCCAAGUCUGACGACUCGGACAGUAACGAUGACGAUGCAACACCAGGACCUGUAGUCAUCUUAGGGAAAGGUACAAAAGAAAGCCUCAAAUUCGAGUGGGUGACGCGGCCGUGGUCGGCUUGCUCGCAGCCGUGCGGCAAAGGUGGAAUCCAGGCUCGCGAGGUCAUUUGCAUGGUGCGGCUGCAGAACAACACGCAACCUGUCGAGGGAAACCUGUGCUUCGACGAGGGCCUCGAAUCGCCAGCCGCCAUCCAGGACUGCGGCACCAACGAGUGUCCCAAGUGGACGUCUGGCGCGUGGACGGACUGCGAGCACUCGAGGUGCUUCACGUGGAACACCGCCAUGCAGAGGAGGGAGGUAAACUGCCAGUUUCCCAAUGGAACCAUCACCGAGAGUCCGCUCUGUGACGAGAAAGAAAAACCGCUCGCGAGACAAGAGUGCUAUAACGUCAAAUGCAAAGGCACUUGGAAAGUAGGCGAGUGGUCAGAUUGUACAGCAGCAUGCGACACACACGGGACCAAAUAUCGAAUUCUCCAGUGUGUUUGGUACGGAACCAAAAAACCCGCGGGCAAUGCUUGUCGGGACCAGCCGAGGCCUGCCGUCAUGAAAAUGUGUAAAGGUCCGCCCUGCAGAACUACUGCUGAAUGCACAGAUCAGGUUACUCAUUGUCGGAGGGUAAGGUUGAUGAACCUGUGCAGGGUGUACAGGUACCAGUAUCAGUGUUGCCAAACGUGUCGCGGAGGAAUGGGGUGAAAACGUUAGGACUCGAAAAACAGAAUGCCACUCUCCGCUGCGAGAGCGCGUGGGCCGGAUGAGAACACUUCGGGUGUGCAAGAUUCAACCUCAUAGUUCCUCUCUAGAGCAAAGCAACAGACAGACAGACAGACAGCGUUCUAUCAAUGGUUUUUGUGCGUGCGCGUCGUGCAAACGGUUUUUUAAACCAAUGCACAAUUGAUGAACAACGACGAAUUGCCAAAAGUGACAGAGAAAACGAGUGGAGUGAAAUAAAUGACGUGUGGGCCGCAUGAAUAUACAAGCAGAUAUAAUUAAUACAAGUAAAACGAAAGAAAGAAAAUUCAGACUCGUUCAAAUGCUGUUAAAUAUUCAUAAAAUUAUUGUACAUUGCUGUUUUAGCCAUUCCAAAUAAUAUUAUUGUACUAAAAUUGCAAGAAGGUAAAUUUGCUUUUUGGUUCCCAAAAUUUAAAUGGUUGGCAUUAUUUUUCUCGAGAAAAAAUAAAUAUUAUUGAAUAGCAUUCAAUCAGGGACAUUGCAAAAUCAUUCCUCAGCAAAAAAUGUGAUAAAAAUCGUUAAAAUAUCAGUACUAUAAAAAUGUGGAGAAAUGUUCUAAAAAGAAGCAAUGCAUUAUUUUCAACUUAAAAUCCUACCCAACCGUUAAGAGUGCUUGCGUAAUAGUUUUGCGUUGAAAAAUAAUAAUAUCCCUUCAGCUUUUUUCUCUAAAAAUGCCAACACCAUCGAAAAAGGUAUGUAAGUGGGCUACAAGCAAUUUUCCCUCCAUAAAAUGUUUCAAAAUCCGCACAACAUUGAAAAUUAUUUAACGACACUUAUUUUAUUCAGCAGAGGCAAUAUCAUUAUUUGCUUUUUAAGUGUUUAAUUCCAGUUUUAAUUUAUCAUAUACACAAAAUGAGAGACUGAUUUUUAUUUCACAUUUUAUGUACCUCAAUUAAAUCUCACCGCAAUCACACCACACCUGAAAGUAAGUUCGCAUUUACCGCAGCCUAUAAAAUUCCUUUUUACACUGUUCUCGCUUAAUUCUUUUGUAGCAAAUGUCGCACCUUGACCUGCGUGCGUCUUUAUUUUUCUCGUUUGCUAGCCCGGUUUGAUUUGCUACUGCUGGAUGUAUAGUUACUAUCAAAUAAGACUGCCAUACGUUUUAUGUUAACGAGUACAUAUAAUUAUAAUUUCACUGAUAAAAAUACGAGCCCCAAGCCUGUGGUCGUUGCGUGCGCGUAAAAGGAAAGAGAUAAUUUUAACAAUUAUGAUAACACGUAUACUGUCUGCGGCGAUGCGUUUCGAUUUUUUGUACACACUCUGUCUAUCAUUCUCACAUUACCAUCCGUUCCUCACUCAAUUACCUCAACAGUUUAUGUAUUUCAAUAUUUCGUUAAAACACGAAAACGGCGCUUGACUAAAAGAACAAAAUUUCUAACCCAAAUGUAUUUAUUAAUGUACGAUAUAUAAUAUGAUUUUAUUGAAAUUAAAUACCAUCCAUGUUAAUAAAUCAACGGAA